AUGCAUGUGACCAUCGGACUUUCGUGGAGCUGUAAUUCGCGGACGUGCGAGGCUGCAAACACUUCUCGACUUUCCACCCAGAAAAAGACUGCAUCUGAUAUUUCCUAUGGCAGGAUCCUUUCUACCCGCCUACUCACAUAUGAUCUAUUCUGGCUUGCUCUGACGACAUUGCGACUCCUUCCUCUCUAUUCUAAACAAGCAUCGCAAUUACCCCAGCAGCAACUUAUUUGCAUUUUUAGUGUCUUGGUAGCAAAUUUGCCUUCAGCAGCCUCUGACUGGCUUAGACCAUCACGUAGCUACACGAGCAAAGUCGAUAUUCUUCUUCACUAG